UCCCAUGGAAAAAUUCAUUCGAUACUUUUCAAAAUACGUUUUUCCCUCCGAUCCAAUCCUGGGUAAGCUUGGUUCAAUCGAUUUGAAUCUAAACAUUCUACAGUGGUCCGGAUUACCAUUAUUUGGAUCAAAAAGUGAAAUCAAACGAUCACUUUUCAUCUAUGGAAUAUUAUUUUCGGUUUUCAUUCGAAUACCUUAUCAUACUUUUGAAAUCUAUGAUUUGAUUACAUGCUGGAGAAAUUUCAAUGACAUGAUACAAAAUGUAUGCAUGUCAUUCUUACAUUUAGGAAUGUGUUUGAAAAUGAUAAUGAUUUAUGGAAGACUUGAGGAUUUCUACAAAAUCAUCAAUCAAUUACGCAUACUGACUAGGAAAUAUGUCAAAUCAGAUAAGCAAAAAGAAGUUUUUUCUUGGAUGGAAUUCGAGAGUAAGAUAUCGAUAACAAUUUAUGCUUUCAUACCAGCGAUUACGUCAGUUUUUGGAUUUAUUUUAACCAUAAGGAAUCCAUCAGGAGUUGUUGGACAUAUUUUGCCAUAUCGAGCUAAAAUGCCUGAUUUUACACCAUUUAACUUGCAGUUAUUUUACAUUCCCAUCUCUAAUGCAAUGAUUGGAUUUCAAAUUGUUGGAAUCGAUUAUCUCAAUGUUGCAUUUAUGAAUUUGACACGUUGUCAACUUCGAAUGUUGAAUAUUUCUUUUGAUGAGCUGAAUGAGGAGAAAGUUGGUCGAGUGACUGUUGAUCCAUUAACACAUCUUAAAAAGCUUAUAGAACAUCACACAUAUAUUUUAGAAAUUCGUAAUCAAAUCGAAAGUAUUUUCAAAUUUCCGAUGCUCGUUCAAUUUUUUGGUUCUUUGCUCGUAAUUGCAUUGACAGGUUUUCAAGCUUUGAAUCAAUCAGAUACUUCGGGAUUGGUUAUGGUUUAUAUGUAUGUUGGAUGUAUUAUGGCAGAACUUUUGGUUUAUUGUUGGUUUGGAACUCAGAUAUCAGAACAGAAUGAAUCAUUAGCCUUGCAGGGCUAUAACACUUCUUGGUAUAACUUUGAUGUGAAAUAUAGAAAAUCGUUGGUUAUCUUCUUGAUGAAUGCCCAGAAGCCAUUUUGUUUCACAGCAGGCGGAUAUCUUAAACUCAGUUUGAUGACUUUUAACAGGGUUGUAAGCAAGGCUUUCUCAAUUAUGGCAGUACUUCGUCAACAGUAUAGUGAUGGUUGAUUUUGAAAAUGAUGUAGAUACUUUUAACAUUCAACAUAAACACUAUCAC